UGUUCUGUAUGCUGCUGGAAAAAUGACAGUUGUAGUCCUCAACUAUCUAAUCGUCCAAAUCGAAACCCUAACUCAAAAUCUUUCCUACUCUUUCUCCCUCUCCAUUAGUCUCAUCUGCUUGCCUUCGACUCCCCUCUCCGGCGGCCGCUCGCCCACGCCGCCGCAACUCUCCCCUCGUCUCAGUCAGUCGCGACGGCCUCCUUCACUACGUCUCAGUUGCGGCUGCUUCGGUUGCGCGGCGUAGCACAGAUAGAAGAGCUUGUGGUUGUGGAUCCCCCUCGCCGCCUCUGCUGGUACUACCUAAGGAUGCUGGAAGAGAAUUGCUCCAUGAUUGAUCUCUAUCAAAACUCGGUAGCUAACUGGGGCAACUCCAGAUGUGGAAUGAAGCGACAGGGAAGUAUUGUACCCGUGGUUGAUAUUCUUAGGAUGACUGUCCUAUAUCCUGAUGGUGCUAAGAUGCUUGAUGGUCUGGUGAAAAGAAUAGCUUUGGACUUCGAUGUCGAUAAGAUUGCCAAAGCAGCAAAAUCUUCCAAGGAUGCCAAGGUGUCUGAAGCCGGAGCUGACAUCGAAAUGCUUGUUAAGCAGAUGGAAAAGUACCUCAAUUGGUCGACAACGAGACACUUUAGAGCCCAGUUCUUGGCUUGCUUGGCAUUGUACGAGUUAACAACCUCCACUCGUGCACUAAUUAGAGAAACAGAGCUUCUUCCAACGGCCAGAAAUUACUAUCGCGAGCGGAUUCUCGAAGUUGUUGGCUCAUAUCGCCUUUUCUGCGCUUCAUGUAACAUUCUGUGCAUGCUUUCUUGUUGAGAACUUGCAGAGAAUAGUGUAUUCAGAAAGCUCACAGAACCAGUAGUUUAAGCAGCAACAAUUGACAUCCUGUUUCGCAAAUUAUUCUCCACAUUAUUAUACUUAAUAAAGCAGGCAACCUCGCCGCC